GAGGCAGAAGUGGCCUCUCUGAAUCGCCGCAUCCAGCUGGUGGAGGAGGAGCUGGACCGAGCUCAGGAGCGACUUGCCACGGCCCUGCAGAAGCUGGAAGAGGCAGAGAAGGCAGCAGAUGAAAGUGAGAGAGGCAUGAAAGUCAUUGAAAACAGAGCUCUGAAGGAUGAGGAGAAGAUGGAGCUGCAGGAGAUCCAGCUGAAAGAAGCCAAGCACAUCGCAGAGGAGGCAGAUAGGAAGUAUGAGGAGGUUGCUCGGAAACUGGUGAUCAUCGAAGGCGACCUGGAGCGCACUGAGGAGAGAGCUGAGCUCGCAGAGUCUCAUUGCCGGGAGCUGCGGGAGCAGAUCCGAGUGAUGGAGCAGAACUUGAAGGGUCUGUCUGUUGCCGAAGAAAAGUACUCUCAGAAAGAGGAUAAAUACGAAGAGGAGAUCAAGAUCCUGACUGAUAAACUCAAGGAGGCAGAGACCCGCGCGGAGUUCGCCGAACGCUCUGUAGCCAAGCUGGAGAAGACCAUUGAUGACUUGGAAGAUGAGCUCUAUGCCCAGAAACUGAAGUACAAAGCAAUUAGUGAGGAACUGGACCACGCCCUGAAUGACAUGACUUCCAUAUAAACUGAAAUCCACCAAAGAGGAGCAUCUCUGCACACAAAGGAUGCUGGACCAGACCCUGCUAGACCUGAACGAGAUGUAAAGGAUCCCCCAAGCCUCCUGCGCCGGCCCAGCCCAGCCCAGCCCUGCUGCCCUCUCACCCUGGGCACAGAGUUCACUCUCUGCUGCCAACUUGACCAAA